UUUUAAAUAAACUGGCAGUUAGUUUCCAGUUUAAAAGUUAGGGGGACGGGGUAUCUGCACUUAUCUUGGGACUAGAGGCAUCAUGUGCAACAUCGAUUGCUGCACCGGGAAGUCGCCGAUUGCCAAGCGGUUGGCGGCCCGACGCCUCCUGGAGAUAGAGGAGGAGGAGCGCCAGAAGCCACAGAUUGUGAUGGCUACGCCCCAGAGCCUGCUCUACCACUACGACAUCGUGGAGAUGAUGGCGGCAUAUAUAGUGUCGGUCAGUGAAAUGCGUCCCAAAUACGGUAUCAUCAGCGGCACGCUCCUGGCCCCCAUUACCAGCCUGAUUGAAGAUCCCAUCGAGAUUCCCUUUGAAAACAUCCCGCACUUUCCCCUCAGCCACUUGGAGGACUGCAAAUUUCUGGUCGGCUAUGUAAUGGGUGCUCCCGUAAUCGCCAUGGCGGACCGUUUCCACCAAUAUGAGGGCUACUCUCUGGCCACCUGCUCGCUGCCCGUCCGCGUGAUGCAGUUGUGCGGCAUAAAGACCAUCAUGCUAACCUGUUGCUGCUUGGCUACGCAUCCCAAGUACGAUGCUGGGGACAUAAUGCUAAUCAAGGAUCACAUCAACUUCAUGGGCAUGAUGAACAUGUCGCCCAUGCAGGGACCCUGCGAUCCGCGCUUCGGUGCCCGAUUCUUUCCCAUGGUCAAUGCCUACAAUCCGGACCUGAUUAAGAGUGCCCUGGAAAUCGGCAAGACGCUGGGCCUCCAGAAACACCUAUACAGCGGAGUCUUUGCUUUUUGUGGUGGUCCCUACCGGAUAGCUCCGGCCGAGGAGGAGUUGCUGCGUCGGUUGGGCGCCGAUGUGAUUGGGACGUCGCUGGUGCCUGAGGUACUGGCUGCCCAUCAUGCUGGCAUCAGGAUCUUUGCCUUCGCAUUCGUCACUGUGGUGGCGCACAGUAAGCCCCAGGAAGAGUUCGAGGAUCCACGGAUGGCGGCGAAGGUGGCCAUCGAGAGUGUAGAGGUCACGCCCCAAAAACGUCAGGCCUGCACCGAUUUGAUCGGCCGCCUGAUCUACCACAUGCACCAUGGGAAUGUGGACUCGGAUAGCCCGAAAUAGAUUACUUGAAAAGCCCCACCA